AUGGCCACUACUGCUGAGGAGAUUGUUUGGUUGCGUUGGCUUUUGCAUGAUCUUGGUGUUGUCUCACAUGCUCCUACUCCUCUACACUGUGAUAACACCGGUGCCAUUCAGAUCACUUUGAAUCAUGUAAAACAUUCUCUCUCCAAGCAUAUUGGUGUUGAUGCUUUCUUCUUGCGUGAUCAGUACAACAAAGGCAUUCUGGCUCCCCAGUUUGUUCCUUCUGAGCAUCAGCUUGCGGAUCUAUUUUAUGUAUGCAAAACUGGUGAUCUUUUCCACCUAACAAAUGCCACCUUUGAAAUUGUUAACCAUUGCUCUUACAUUGUAUGGGCAGCUGCCAUCCCCGGUGGAGGCAAACAGCUCGAUAAAGACCAAACAUGGACAAUAAAUGUAAACGUUGGCACCACUGGUGGUCGUAUCUGGGCUCGCACCGGUUGCAACUUUAGUAACUCUGGUCAUGGCAGUUGCGAAACCGGUGACUGCAAUGGCCUCUUGGAAUGCCAAGCUUAUGGUAACCCACCUAGCACACUUGUGGACUUUGGGCUAGACAUCAAUAACUUGGAUUAUAUUGAUAUCUCAUUGGUUGAUGGGUUUAAUGUGCCAGUGGAAUUCAGUCCGACCAAUAGGUGUGCACGUGGGAUGAUCCAGUGCUCAGCCGACAUCAAUGGGCAGUGCCCAGCUCAACUUAAGACUAAUGGCGGAUGUAACAACGCUUGCGGUGUGUUUAAAACUAAUGAGUAUUGUUUCAACUCAGGUAACUAUGGACCAACUAAUUAUUCUAGGUUUUUUAAAGGUUUCUGUCCAGAUGCUUAUAGCUACCCCAAAGAUGAUCAAACUAGUACCUUUACUUGCCCUGGUGGGGCUACCUAUAAAGUUGUCUUUUGCCCUUGA